AUGCGACCCUUGCUAAAUGGACUGAAUGUGAGCAAAACUCGCUUUAUUUAUCACAGCAGGGUGGCUGAGCAGAAUCACAUGCUGCCUAAGCUGCAGUCAGAAAGAGGCUUCAGCUCCACAAAAAAGCUCCAGGAUGGCCCUGGGGAAUCGAGCUCUGCAGACCAGGUGAUGGUGCAUUUUAUAAACCGGGAUGGAGAGAAACUCACUGCCACAGCUAAAGAAGGGGAGACUUUGCUGGAAGUGGUUGUCAAUCAAAACUUGGCCAUUGAUGGAUUUGGUGCAUGUGAAGGGACAUUAGCCUGCUCCACCUGUCACCUCAUUUUUGAGAGGGACGUCUUCCAAAAGUUGGAUGCCAUCUCAGACGAUGAGAUGGACAUGCUGGACUUGGCCUAUGGACUCACUGAGACAUCUCGCCUUGGCUGCCAGGUGUGCAUUAAGAAGUCAAUGGAUGGUCUGACAGUGCAGGUCCCAAUGGAGGUGUCUGACAUCAGGAGGCAGCUGGAAGUUGGGAAGCAAAGCAAACAGUAACUAAAGAAGAAUCCUGCACAACCCACUCCCUUCUUUUCAGUGUGGUGGUGGCACUUUGCUUUCGGCUAGCUCCAGCUUUGUGUCUAGCUUGCAGUAGACAGUGGAGGUCUG